GGGGUCCUCGUCCUGAAGAGAGUUGAGGCGAAGGGGGGGGGCAAGAAGAAGCUGGCGGAGCCGCAGGAGCUGGGAUCGAUGUGGAUGGCAGGCCGAGAUCUGCCUGGGUAACAUAAUGCCAGCUGAGCGCAAGAAGUCGGCAAGCAUGGAAGAAAAAGAAACAUCAUUAAGUAACAAAGAUAAGGAGUUCAGUGACAGGCGGACAGUAAAUAGCAGAGAUAAACCCAAAGAGGAUGUUAGGCUUGGCAUGAAGAGAGAGACAUUAAAACCGCCUGACGAUAAAAAGAAAAAGCUGGAAGAGGAGAAGCGGAAAAAAGAAGACAAGGAGCGAAAGAAGAAAGAUGAGGAAAAAAUAAAAUCUGAAGAAGAGCAGAAGAGAAAAGAGGAGGAGGAAAAGCAGAAGCUUGAAGAGGAAGAGAAAAAGAAACAAGAGGAGGAGGUAAAGCGGCAACAAGAAGAGGCAGCUGCUCAGCUGAAAGAGAAAGAAGAGGCGCAUCAGCUCCACCAAGAGGCAUGGGAGCGCCACCAAGCAAGAAAGGAACUCCGAAGCAAAAACCAGAAUGCAUCAGACAACCGCCCUGAAGAAAACUUCUUUAGUAGGCUGGAUUCAAGCCUCAAGAAGAACACUGCCUUUGUUAAGAAGUUAAAAACUAUCACGGAGCAGCAGAGAGACUCCUUGUCCCAUGAUUUCAGUGGUCUCAAUUUAAGCAAGUACAUUGCAGAAGCUGUAGCUUCUAUAGUGGAAGCAAAAUUGAAAAUCUCAGAUGUAAACUGUGCUGUGCAUCUUUGUUCUCUGUUUCAUCAGCGUUAUGCUGACUUUGCCCCAUCACUUCUUCAAGUCUGGAAAAAGCAUUUUGAAGCAAGGAAAGAAGAGAAAACACCCAACAUCACUAAACUAAGAACGGACUUGCGGUUCAUUGCAGAACUGACAAUAGUUGGGAUUUUCACUGACAAGGAAGGCUUGUCUUUAAUCUAUGAACAAUUAAAAAACAUUAUUAAUGCUGAUCGGGAAUCUCACACGCAUGUUUCGGUGGUCAUUAGCUUUUGCCGGCACUGCGGAGAUGACAUUGCUGGUUUGGUACCAAGGAAAGUAAAAAGUGCAGCAGAUAAAUUUAACUUGAGUUUCCCUCCUAGUGAAAUUAUUAGCCCAGAAAAACAACAGCCUUUCCAAAAUCUGCUGAAAGAGUACUUUACAUCUUUGACCAAACAUCUGAAAAGGGACCACAGGGAACUACAAAAUAUUGAAAGACAGAACAGGCGUAUUCUGCACUCUAAAGGGGAGCUGAGUGAAGACCGACACAAGCAGUAUGAAGAGUUUGCCCUGUCGUAUCAGAAGUUGUUGGCAAACUCUCAGUCUUUAGCUGAUCUCCUGGAUGAAAAUAUGCCUGAUCUUCCACAGGAUAAGCCUGUACCGGAAGAACACGGGCCUGGUAUUGACAUUUUUACUCCUGGCAAACCUGGUGAAUAUGACUUAGAGGGGGGCAUCUGGGAAGAUGAAGAUGCUCGAAAUUUCUAUGAGAAUCUUAUUGAUUUAAAAGCAUUUGUACCAGCUAUCCUGUUCAAGGAUAAUGAAAGAUGUUCACAGAAUAAGGACUCCAGUAAAGAUGACUCUAGAGAGUUGAAAGAAGUUAAAGAUAACAAAGACGUGUCUGCUAGUGAAGAUUUGGAGCUGGAGCUGGAGAAUCUGGAUAUUAAUGAUGAUCCCCUUGAGUUAGAGUGUGGGGAUGAAGCAGAAGAUCUUGCAAAGAAGCUUCUUGAUGAGCAAGGCAAGAAACAGGGAGCAGAUAGCACCGGAGCUGACAGUAGUGACGGAAAGCAAGCUGCAAGAAAGCAAGAAGAUGAAGAGGCCAGUACUGGGUCACACCUGAAGCUCAUUGUAGAUGCUUUCCUUCAGCAACUCCCAAACUGUGUAAAUAGAGACUUAAUAGACAAGGCAGCAAUGGACUUCUGCAUGAAUAUGAACACAAAAGCCAACAGGAGAAAGUUGGUUCGGGCUCUCUUCAUUGUUCCACGACAAAGGCUGGAUUUGCUACCCUUUUAUGCAAGGCUAGUGGCCACGCUGCAUCCCUGUAUGUCUGACGUAGCAGAGGAUCUCUGUUCCAUGCUGAAAGGCGACUUCAGAUUUCAUGUGAGAAAGAAGGACCAGAUCAACAUUGAAACAAAGAACAAAACUGUACGAUUCAUUGGCGAGCUUACGAAGUUCAAAAUGUUUUCCAAAAGUGAUACUCUGCAUUGCUUAAAGAUGCUGCUGUCUGACUUCUCUCAUCACCAUAUUGAAAUGGCAUGCACUCUGAUGGAGACCAGUGGGAGAUUCCUAUUUAGAUCUCCAGAAUCCCAUUUAAGAACCAGUGUCCUUUUGGAACAAAUGAUGAGAAAGAAGCAAGCAAUGCAUCUUGAUGCACGCUACGUCACGAUGGUGGAAAAUGCCUAUUACUACUGUAACCCUCCUCCGGCUGAGAAGACAGUGAAAAAGAAACGGCCUCCUCUCCAGGAGUACAUUCGGAAAUUGCUUUACAAGGAUCUCUCCAAAGUCACUACUGAGAAGGUCCUGCGACAGAUGCGCAAAUUGCCCUGGCAUGACCCUGAAGUGAAAGACUAUGUUAUAUGUUGUAUGAUAAACAUCUGGAAUGUGAAAUAUAAUAGCAUUCACUGUGUAGCCAACCUUUUAGCAGGGCUGGUUCUUUACCAAGAGGACGUUGGCAUUCAUGUCGUGGAUGGUGUCCUGGAGGAUAUUCGGCUAGGAAUGGAGGUUAAUCAGCCAAAAUUUAACCAACGGAGGAUCAGCAGUGCAAAGUUUCUGGGUGAGCUGUACAACUACAGGAUGGUGGAGUCGGCAGUAAUAUUUCGAACUCUGUACUCAUUCACAUCAUUUGGUGUGAACCCUGAUGGAACUCCUAGCCCACUUGAUCCUCCAGAACAUCUUUUCCGAAUUAGACUGGUCUGUACCAUCCUUGACACUUGUGGACAAUACUUUGACAGGGGAUCUAGCAAACGGAAACUGGAUUGCUUUUUGGUCUACUUUCAGAGGUAUGUUUGGUGGAAGAAAAGCCUAGACGUUUGGACAAAAGACCACCCGUUUCCUAUUGACAUUGACUAUAUGAUCAGUGAUACUCUAGAACUGCUGAGACCAAAGAUGAAACUCUGCAACUCGCUGGAAGAAUCUGUUAGACAGGUACAAGACCUGGAAAGGGAAUUCCUAAUCAAACUAGGCCUUGUGAAUGACAAGGACUCUAAAGGUUCAAUGGCAGAAGGAGAGAACCUGGAGGAGGAUGAGGAAGAGGAAGAAGGUGGAGUAGAGAUAGAAGAACAAUCUGGAAAUGAAAGUGAAAUAAAUGACCCAGAGGAGGAGGAGGGCUCUGAAAAUGAGGAUGAAGAGGGGGAAGAAGAAGAAGAAGAGAAUACAGAUUACCUCACAGAUUCGAAUAAGGAAAAUGAAACUGAUGAAGAGAAUACUGAAGUAAUGAUCAAAGGAGGUGGACUGAAACGUGUGCCCUGUGCUGAAGAUGAAGACUUCAUUCAAGCACUGGACAAAAUGAUGCUGGAAAAUUUGCAGCAAAGGAGUGGUGAGUCUGUGAAAGUACAUCAGCUAGAUGUGGCGAUUCCCCUGCAUCUCAAGAGCCAGCUAAAGAAAGGUCCGCCACUGAGUGGUGGGGAAGGAGAAUCGGAGUCUGGUGACACAAUGCCUUUUGUCAUGUUAACUCGAAAAGGCAAUAAGCAACAGUUCAAGAUCCUCAAUGUGCCGAUGUCUUCCCAACUGGCUGCAAACCACUGGAACCAGCAACAGGCCGAGCAAGAAGAGAGGAUGAGAAUGAAGAAGCUGACACUGGACAUCAAUGAACGGCAGGAGCAAGAGGACUACCAGGAAAUGAUGCAGUCCCUCGCCCAGCGGCCAGCUCAAGCGAAUACCAACCGGGAACGGCGGCCCCGGUAUCAGCAUCCCAAGGGAGCACCUAAUGCUGAUCUAAUCUUUAAAACUGGUGGGAGGAGACGUUGAUCCAGCAGCAAGCGUCAUUUCAUUAGGUCCUGUAUCUCCAAUGUUGUGGAUUAGUGGAGUCCUCCAGCAAUUAAAUGAGAGCAGUGGACACAUCUGAGCACAUCAGUCUAGAGAGUUCAGAAUCGAAAACCUGGGACAGGCUGGGGCCAUAGAGCAGAUGCCACCAGCCUCUACUAAAAACAGAAAUAGCGGAAGCUUCCAGUCAUGGCCUACCAAAAAAAUGCAUUUUGUUAUGGCACCAUGUGAGGGUUAAUCUUCUCAUGAGAAUGGAAGUAAUAAAUGAGAUGGUUAACUUUACCAAGUGAGCAGUUCAGUUACAACAAAAAGCAAUGGAUUACAGCAGAGCAGAGACGGUUUUGAUGGUUUAAGUGUGGGGGGAAAUCAAACCUGAUAAAAGAGUAGCAUUUCCUCG